CGGGGAGGGGGAGAGCUGUGAAGAUGGCGGCAGUGGUGGAGGUGGAGGUUGGAGCCGGUGCUGCCGGGGAACGGGAGCUGGAUGAGGCAUUUAACAACGGGUGUAUUCAGUGACCAGUGGUCCUUGAAGGAAAUCGCUAGGAGGAAGGAGACAUUGAGUUUGAAGGGAAUGAAGGGACAGCGCUGAGAAGCAGAGAGAGAAGGUGGAUAUGUCAGAACUCUCUCCAGAGGAGCAAUGGAAGGUCGAGCACGCACGCAUGCAUGCCAAGCAUCGCGGCCACGAAGCCAUGCAUGCUGAAAUGGUCCUCAUCCUUAUCGCUACCUUGGUGGUGGCCCAGCUGCUCCUGGUGCAGUGGAAACAGAGACAUCCCCGCUCCUACAAUAUGGUGACCCUCUUUCAGAUGUGGGUUGUUCCCCUCUAUUUCACAGUGAAGCUGCACUGGUGGAGGUUCCUCGUGAUCUGGAUCUUGUUCUCCGCUGUCACAGCCUUUGUCACCUUCCGAGCCACCCGAAAACCACUAGUCCAGACAACCCCAAGGUUGGUGUAUAAGUGGUUCCUGCUGGUCUAUAAGAUCAGCUACGCCACUGGCAUCGCUGGCUACAUGGCUGUUAUGUUUACCCUCUUUGGUCUUAACUUGUUAUUCAAGAUCAAACCUGAAGAUGCCAUGGACUUUGGCAUUUCUCUCCUCUUCUAUGGCCUCUACUAUGGUGUUCUUGAGCGGGACUUUGCAGAAAUGUGUGCAGACUACAUGGCAUCGACCAUAGGGUUCUACAGCGAGUCGGGCAUGCCCACCAAGCACCUCUCAGACAGUGUGUGUGCCGUGUGUGGGCAGCAGAUCUUUGUGGAUGUCAGUGAAGAGGGCAUCAUCGAGAACACGUAUAGGCUGUCUUGCAAUCACGUAUUCCACGAGUUCUGCAUCCGCGGCUGGUGCAUCGUGGGAAAGAAGCAGACGUGUCCCUACUGCAAAGAGAAGGUGGACCUCAAGAGGAUGUUCAGCAACCCCUGGGAGAGGCCUCAUGUCAUGUACGGGCAACUGCUGGACUGGCUUCGGUACUUGGUAGCGUGGCAGCCUGUCAUCAUUGGCCUGGUGCAAGGCAUCAACUAUAUUCUGGGCCUGGAAUAGUCAGGAAGAAGAACAUCCACCCACCAUGGACCUCAGGGCACUCUCCUCCCUGCCCUCCAAGACCUCCUGGGUGGGAAAGACUCAGAGGGGCACUGGGCCACUCAGGACUCCAUCGGCUGUGUCCGGGCUGGGGAGGGAGGUGAUGGAGAGCCAGCCAGUGGGGCUGUCAGCAGUGGGGGCUUUUUAAAAGAAAACUAUUUUGAUGAAUAUAUUUAAAAACCUUUUUUAUUGUGGAGCUUAGGAAUUGCCCCAGUUCCUCCAGGCCUCACCUCCCUGCCUGAGCAGGGCAGGAGCAGAGCCACAACAUUUUUGAUGUAAAGGAGCCAUCUUACUUCUGGCUGUGAGCCCCAGGCCCUGCCCUCCUUUUCCUUCCAGGUGUGGGGCUCGAGCCUGGUUCACUCAGUGAGGAAGGGCCAGAGAACUGUGGCCGGUGCCACUGAAGAGCACUGGGGGUGAAUUGUCCUUCCUCCCGGUUAAGACCAUGGGCGGGCCUUCCCUGCUCGGGGGCCAUAGGUUGGUGGAGGCAAGUGAAACCCUGUCAUGGCUUUUCCAGUGAGGGAAGCCCUGACCUCGGAAUUCCCUGAGAAUUUGUUGGGGAACCUGCCCCUAAGCAGGGCUUACUCAGUCAGGAACAGAGACCAUCUAUACAGAGCAGUGAUUGAGGGCCACUUGUGCAAGCUGACGCUCUGCCCAGAAGUGGUGACAUGUGCCGAACGCCACUGCCACAUCACUUCCUUCCCUGCAAGCCCGAGUGAGCGUGUGUGUCUGUGUGUCUGCGGUGGAGGGACUGUUAGACGUGAGACUUCUUCCUAUAGUCACACGUUCCUCCCUUGAAGCUGCCAGGGGAUUCCCAGCUCAAGGAAUAUCCUCAUGUCAGCCCCGUCAUCCCUGGGUUCUGCCUGGGCCCAGCAGCACGAGUGCUGGGGUGGCUGGGAAGAGGGUCAGGGCCAGGUGAGUAUGGUGUCUGAAAAGGGGUUUCAGGUAGGCCCCAGCUCUGGUCCUAGGGGUUUUGAAGGAAGUAGGAAGGCAAAUUUGGACUUUCCACGCUGGGUUCCUAGGGAAUAUGGCCCUUCAGGUGCAGAAGGAACCAAGCAGGAUCUUGUCAUCUGUUCUUAAUAAAGCUCCGUGAGCUGGGUUGGAAAGCUGAA